AUGAACUGGCCUGAUGGUAAAACGAAGCUGGGGUUGUUGUCAGUCUCAUGCAAAGGCAUACGAGUUGAAUGUGCCUGCUCUUGUGUGAUCAUGGGUGCGUCGUUUGGCACCUGGGUUCGGAUUGACACCAGGCUUGUGUGCAUGGCAUUGAACGGUACAUGGACGGGUCUCACAUCUUCUCAGUUCUGGACUCUCAGCAGAAUUGGUAAAUUGGCAUCAUGUGAGGGAACGUGGGCACAAGGCCUAAGCACGCAGUACGGAGUUGGCACCCUCUUUGCCAGAAGGGCGUUGCUUGCUUCCUAUAACUGCACUGUGACUGUUGGCCGCAUUGGUGACUGCACUGAUGUGAUUUCUGGCCAUGGCUUGUCAGGAAAUAUUGCUGUGCCCACGCUGGGGCACAUUCGGGGGCAUUUGAAGGUGGUACUUGCAUGUUGGAAACAUCACAAGGGCUGUGAGAAUCUGCUUCCCGAAAGAACUUGUGUGACAUAA